UGUAAAUUUUCCUGGUUUUUUCAUCCCGAUUUUUUUCCUCUCUCUUACCUUUUUCUUAGUUUGAUUGGACACAGCUUAAGUACGGGACUGCAUACACCCACCCAUUUAGUUAAUUAACUGGGAGAACUAUCUACCUAAAGCAAUAACUAAUUGGAAGUUAAGGGAAUUGAAAGAGGAAUAAUUGAAUUUUGUCAUAUAAAUUUAUGGCUAGAAGAUAUUACUUAGUUUGCAUUUUUUUUGUUCUUAUAUUCCCUAUGUUAUUAUCAUAUAUAGCUAAAAGAGGUAGUAUACCUAUUGGACGUAAUUUAGGGUCUAAAACAAUUCGAUCCACGAGAUCAUUUAGUAUUUAUUCUUCAACAUCAGCUAAAUCUGGUGGUAAUAGUUCUAAAAGUUUUGGAACUUCAGCUUCAACUCCAACUCCAUCUUCUACAUCAUCAUCUGCUGCAACAAAUUAUGAUAAUUCAAUUCAUUCAUUAAAAAAUUAUGAUGUAGCAGUAGCUUAUCAACCAAAGGAUAGAGAAGAAUCAAAUUUAUUUAAGAAAAAGAAUAAUAAUAAGAGAAGUCCAGCAUUAGAAUCACCUACUGGUGAAGAUAAUUUAUUUGUAUCAAAACAAUUCGAUGAUGGUUAUAUAACAUUAGGAGUAGCUGAUGGAGUAGGUGGAUGGUCUGAAGCAGGUUAUGAUUCCUCUGCUAUAUCACGAGAAUUAUGUGCAUCUAUGAAAUCUAAAUUUGAAUCAUUAACUGAUAGAUCUAAUCUUAGUCCUAAACAAUUGCUAACGUUUGCAUUUGAAGAAAUAACUAAUUCAUCUAAAGUUGAAAUUGGUGGUACUACUGCUUGUUUAGGAAUAUUAACCCCAGAUAAAAAAUUAAAAGUUGCAAAUUUAGGUGAUUCAUGGUGUGGAUUAUUUAGAAAUUAUCAAUUAAUUAAUGAAACCAAUUUUCAAACUCAUAAUUUUAAUACUCCAUAUCAAUUGGCAAAGAUUCCUCGUCAAAUUGUUAGACAAGCAGAAAUUGAAGGUAGAAGAUAUAUAAUUGAUUCACCUUCAAUGGCUGAUGAAUAUGAAUGGGAUUUACAAAAAGGUGAUGUAAUUAUGUUUGCUACAGAUGGAGUAACUGAUAAUGUUAUACCUAAAGAUAUAGAAAUAUUUUUAAAGGAUCAAAUUGAAGGUCAAGGUGAUAGUUUAAAAAAUGUGGCUAAUUCAUUUGUUAAAGAAGUAGUUAAAGUCUCUAAAGAUCCUAAUUUCCCUAGUGCUUUUGCUCAAGAAUUAUCUCGCUUAACUGGUCAAAAGUAUUUGGGUGGUAAGGCUGAUGAUAUCACUAUAGUUUUAGUUAGAGUCCAGUAAAUGAUGAUAUGUUUGCUAAACUAAUGUAUGUAUAUUAGAGAGUCGUAAAAUAUAUGUAUGUGUAUUUUUUUUUGCG